ACCACGCCUGCGCACAGAAAUACAAGAUGGCGGAGAGUGCGGAACUGAAGCAAAUGGUGAUGAGCCUGCGGGUGUCGGAGCUGCAGGUGCUGCUGGGCUACGCUGGGCGCAACAAGCACGGACGCAAGCACGAGCUGCUGACCAAGGCGCUGCAUCUGUUGAAAGCCGGCUGCAGCCCCGCCGUGCACAUGAAGAUCAAAGAGCUGUACCGACGGCGUUUCCCUGCCAAAAUGGUUUCCCACUCAGAGCUGGCCCUGCCUGGGCCGCAUCACCCGGCCACAGCUGGAGUGGUCGGAGGAGGGGGUGCAGCGCUGCCGGCGGGCCUGACACAGCUGGCGUACGAGGGUCACGCUGGUCACGGUGGAGCCCCAUCGCCUGCUGCCUUACUGCCCCUCUCGCUGCUCGGCCCUGGGAAACAUGAGCUGACCGGCCUGACGCACCACCUGCCCACUUCAGCCACGCUGCAUCCGGUCCACCCAGACGUCAAGCUCCAGAGGCUGCCCUUCUACGACAUGCUGGACGAACUCAUCAAGCCGACCAGUUUAGCAUCAGACAACAGCCAGCGGUUUCAGGAGACGUGUUUUGCCUUUGCAUUAACGCCGCAGCAAGUUCAGCAGAUCAGCAGCUCGAUGGACAUCUCGGGGACCAAAUGCGACUUCUCAGUCCAAGUUCAGCUGCGGUUUUGCCUGUCGGAGACGAGCUGUCCUCAGGAAGACCACUUUCCCCCAAAUCUGUGUGUGAAAGUCAACGGGAAGCCAUGUAACCUGCCGGGUUAUCUUCCUCCAACCAAAAACGGCGUGGAGCCCAAGCGGCCCAGCCGGCCCAUCAACAUUACCUCACUGGUCAGGUUGUCCACCACCGUCCCCAACACCAUCGUGGUGUCGUGGACUGCUGAGAUCGGAAGGAGUUACUCCAUGGCAGUGUACCUGGUGAAGCAGCAGUCGUCCACGGUGCUGCUGCAGAGACUACGGGCGAAAGGCAUCAGAAACCCAGACCACUCCAGAGCGCUCAUCAAAGAGAAGCUAACAGCAGACCCAGACAGUGAAAUAGCCACCACCAGCCUUCGAGUGUCGCUGCUCUGCCCGCUGGGGAAGAUGCGGCUGAUGAUCCCAUGCCGGGCGCUGACAUGCUCCCACCUGCAGUGCUUUGACGCCACACUCUACAUCCAAAUGAAUGAGAAGAAGCCCACCUGGGUGUGUCCUGUCUGUGACAAGAAGGCCCCCUACGAGCACCUCAUCAUCGACGGGCUUUUCGUGGAGAUCCUGAACAGCUGCAUGGACUGUGACGAGAUCCAGUUUAAGGAGGAUGGCAGCUGGGCCCCCAUGAGGUCUAAGAAGGAAGUGCAGGAAGUCUCCUCUGCCUCCUAUAACAACGGGCUGGAUGGCUCGUGUCGGACGUCCACCGGCUCAGAUCAGCGGAGCUCCUCGUCGUCCAGCCACGGCGGCAGCGACGGCAGCAACAGCAAGAAAGUGGAGGUGAUCGACUUGACACUGGACAGCUCCUCGGAAGACGAAGGACAGGAUUCGCCGCCUCCGCCUCCUCCGCCGCUGCCUCCUCCAGUCAAACGAGCGUGUCCCUCUUUAUCCCCAACCUCGCCACCCGUCAUCAACAAAGGCAGCAGCGUGUUGAACCUGCACCACCAGGCCUCUCCUGUGAGUCGAACCCCCAGCAUGCCAGCCAUGGACACCAGCUACAUCCCUCCUGUCCCCCCACUCAUCCAGGACUACAGACCCUACUACCACACCCCCAACGACCUGUCAGAGUUGAACUUCUUCUCUUUUCUUCAAGGCGACAAUCAUCAGCAUUACAACAUGGUCAUGGCGGCGGCGGCUGCAUCGGCCUCAGACGACCACGAGCUGCUCCUCAACCGCUUCCUGCCCUACAGCACCUCCUCCUCCGCCUCCCAGCUGUUCCUCGACCAAUCGGGAGCCUCCUCGGCCGCCUCGCUGACCGCGCCGACCAACGGGGCGAGCAACUCGGGCAGCAGCAGCAGCCUGGUGUCAUCCAGCAGCCUCCGCGACACCCACUCCUCGCACUCGUCCACGCACUCGUCCACGCACUCGGCGCACACACACCCAGGGGUGGUGGCCAGCCGGAGCAGCGCCGAAGCAGCGGUGGCGGCUAUUUACGGCGGGAUACCAGACGUUAUAUCGUUGGACUGACCCCAGAACAACCCUCUGGGCCCGGCUGCAAUCACAGACUGGCUGAAGGGGAAGGUGUUCAUCCAGGAACUAGACGGGCCCCGAGUCCUCAAACUGAACGCUUCUGGUGUCGUAACGACGAGACUGCCUUGAGAAGAGCACUAACGAUGUGAGUAACGGGCUGAAAGGGUUCCUUCACUGACUGACCUGAGAACAGAACUGAGUCAUCUUAAAGCGGUUAGCUGUGACUUCACACUGACGUCAGAUCAGAAACCUGUGCAGCAUGUGAACCCAUGUUUCUGCUAUUCUGGUACCAACCCGGCACAAGCAGCAACAACACAAAGGAGGAAGGCUCUUUUUUUACAGACAGGAGCGGCACCGUGUACAGAGAACAAAAUCUAUUUUCCUCUUUUACUUUUGUACGUUCAAUCGGGAUGUUUUCAGUCUGGUGAGCUGCUUCGGUCGCUGUUUGUACAUGGAGGACUGACUCGUUUUGGUUUUUUGUUCUCCUCUCACACAAGCUUAUACAUAUGCCUGUUGCCAUCUGGUUAUCUUCUCUUUUAGCUCCUUUGACUUUUCCUUUUUGCAGUUCUCCCUCCUUUUUUCUCAGAUUUCGGGUGUAUUUUUUCUCUAUCAAAAGACGAACUUUUUCCAGACGCUGAAUUUACAGUUUAUUCAUGUGCUGAUAAUUUUAUUAUGCUUCUAAGUUAUGUAUGAUAUUUAAGCAGCUCUAAAUAUAAAUAUA